GUGUUUUGAAGCUGGUUUGUUAGCUGAAGCCAGCCGCGGUACAAAGAAGAUACGGCGACGAUUACGAACGAUCACGACUGUGGCCACAAGGAAACCAAAACUUUGGGUGCGUACGAUCUGUGCGAUAUGCAUUCAACAAGACUCCUCGGGAUCCGUCUGCUAGCCGAAUCGUGCAGACGACGCGCCAGUGACGCUCGCCUCACGCACGUUGAUGAUUAUGGCGGCGCCAAAAUGGUGGACGUUUCGAACAAGCCAGGCACCGUCCGAACGGCGACUGCUUCGGGCAGGGUCCUCCUGGGCAAAAAGGUCUUCGACUUGGUCAAGUCCAACCAAAUGAAGAAAGGUGACGUGCUGUCCACCGCUCAGCUCGCCGGCAUCUGCGCCGCCAAGCAGACGUCCCAGCUGAUUCCGCUGUGUCAUCCGGUAGCGCUGAGCAAGGUUGACGUUACCCUGACUUUGGUGGAAGAAACUCACGAAGUCAGCGUGAACGGGUACGCCAAAUGCACGGGCCAGACAGGUGUCGAGAUGGAAGCACUGACUGCGGUCGCGGUCGCGGCGUUGACUGUCUACGACAUGUGCAAAGCGGUCAGCCGCGAGAUGAGAAUAACCGACAUACGGUUGACCUCUAAAACUGGUGGGACUAGGGGAGACUACCAGGAAUAAAAUGUU